GCUACGACAGAAUAGCAGAGGAGCAUUGUGGAUACAAUUGGAAGAAGGACGCUGACUGAAAGACGCGGAGGUCCUAGGAAGUGAAGCAGGAUGGAUCAGUACAACUUCGGAGGUAAUAACAAUAGUCAAGGAUCAGGAGGGCAAUGGGGAGGGGGUGGACAAGGAUGGAAUGGAGGAGGAGGAGGAGGAGGAGGAGGAGGUGGUGCGAAUUGGGGACCUCCACCGGGGUGGGGAAACUAUGGAGGCCCUAGCUCGGGUGGUGGAGGGAGCAGUGGUGGAGGUGGAUGGAAUAAUGGACCACCAACGGGAGGUUGGAAUAAUGGGGGAUGGAAUGACGGGGGAUGGAACAAUGGGAAUAAUGGAUGGAAUGGCGGAGGCUGGAACGGCGGAGGAAAUGGUCAGAGACGGCCGGUGAGGUGUUACAAUUGCGGCCAACUCGGACACUACGCAAGGGAAUGCCCGAUGCCAAGGCAGGGCGGAGGGAAUGCAUACCAAGGAGGGUAUUUCCCGCAAGGAGGAGGAGGAGGAGGAGGAGGUGGAGGAGGAGCAGUAAUAGGAGCCUCAGGAUGGAAUGGGGGAGGAGUUACGAUCAACGAGGAGGGCACUGUGCCUACGCCAAAAAACAUGGCGCCGACAGUUACACUGUGUAAAGAAUUAGAGGAAUCGUUCGGAGCCAUGGCGUCUUUCUUUAAAUUAUCUUUAGAAGAGAAAAACAGGGCAGAGACAGCUAGGAGAGAAGAAGAGGAUCGGAGGAAGGAGGAAGAAGCACGGAAGAAAAAAUUGGAGUUGGAGAAGGUCGAAAGAGAAAAAGCGAAGCGAAUAGAACUAGAGAAAAAGCACGAUGAAGAAAAAAAGGAGGCGGAUCGACUGUGGGAUAUCCGAAAGAUGUUUAGCGAGCAACGGGUUUUUUUUAGGAAGGAAGUCAAGAAAGCGGUCAACGAGGAACUUAUCGAGAUGGUGAAGAAUGAUGGAAAAAAGAUCGCGGGGGGUGACGAGGAAUGGGAGGAAUGGCCAGAAGAUGAGGAGGAAGCUGAAGCCGAGGAGGAAGAACCAAUGAAUAGGAGAAGGAAAAGGGCGCCAACUCAACGGGGAGCGGCCAAUACUAACCCGCCAAUUGAAACCCCGUCGAAAUCAGCACGUGGCAGCUCGUCGCGACAACCGGUCUUCACAAUGGCAUCUCCCGUGGAGCAAGAACGAAAAGGAAGGGGCAGGCCUAAGAAGAAGGAGACACAAUCGUUGGUCACUGAUCCGUGGUUAGGAGCUCCCUGCUUGGCGGACUUCAACAGUAGCAUCAGCUUUAAGGUAGCAAUGGUGAAGUUUCUGGGGAACAAGGUAUGUACGGAGCUCAAGCAAAUGUGUAAAAAGGAAGGAGUGGAAUGGAGAGCGAGGAAGGACGAGGCAGUAGAGGAAUUGGCUGAAUUGCGUGUCAUUCAGAGUAUUUUUGAGAUUGCAACAACAACAGGGGGAAGGGGACCAUGUACGGCUGGGCUCGAGAUUAGGGCCGUCGUAACGAAAAUUGCCGACCCAGACGAACAAGAAGCGGGGGUUGAGUAGGGAAUUAGCAUGGGACUACUUACGGGAAGUGAGUGUGAUUAGGGGCAAACUGGGAGGAAAUAAGAAGUCUCGAAAGAUCACGAGU